GGACCCCCUUGCCCCAUUCUGCAACCAGGCUCGAAACUUUGCACGGGAUUGCAGUGAGUGGAUCACUGGCACUAUAUCGCCAGUGCAGACGGCUGGGCCGUUGGACAUCACCGACUUGGCACGGAGUUUCGCCACAGCGGCCGCUCUCUUUCCCAGCUGGGGCAAUCAAUACUGGUGGUGGUACAGUGAUCCGGCUCCAAGAUCCGUCGCGGCAUUCCCAAUCUGCAUGCUAACCAUGGAGGCCAUCAUUGCGAGUUCUCAGCACAUCACGAUCUUAGCCGGCCCUGAGCACGCAGUGCCGGAGCUACUCGUCUGCAGAAAAUCAAUUGAAACACGUUGCGUGGCCACCCUGUCGUCCUCAAAGAAGCACCUCGUGUUUCGACAACCCCGGGAGAAACACGAAUGGUCUCCGGUAUCUGUGGACCAGUCUGCUGGACCCCUGCGCCCCACUGGCAAGUCUUCAAGAAACCUUGGAACCACCACCUGGGCAGUACCACAGUCUUGUCUUCCGAGAUCGUCAAUCGAACACCGGAAUCGGUUCUGCUCGCUAGAUCGUGCUGACAUGCUUGUACGUUCUGUACGGCUAUUCGUGAAGCGUGCUCAGAUCAGUCGCGGGUUGAAACACGUUCCUAGACCUGUCAAAUGCACUCAUUGCUUGGCACUACUCACUCGAGGAGCUUCUAGGCUGUGAGAUUCGUACUAGCACGCGGUCGUCCUGAGGCUUGGUGGGCUCUACCUAGGUAAUUCAGCACCAAGAGAAUAGGCCAGUGUUGUUCCAUCCGACUUUUUUAUAUAGAUAUGAAUGCGUCUCCCGAGAGAGGCGAGAGUCAGCCGCAGCUUGCAGCAGCGCAGCCCAUUUGGGUAAUUCGCCUGGGUGCCGUCGUGACAGGUCUUACAUGUACAAGAUCAUGUUUCGCCAAGAGCUGUUGCUAAACAACCUGGAAGGAGC